CCUCCCCAUCCUCCACUGCGACUUGGCCGAGUGACUCAAAAGCAAAAUCUCAACUGCUCCCCCACCUCAUUGCACAUCCCAGACGCGAGCGCGUCUCUGCCUCUCCGCGCCGGGCUGACGUCCUUCAUCAUCAUCGCCGCCGCCGUCGUCACCGGAGCGUGAAGCCGCGCAACGUCGCCUCGUGUCAUUCAGCAGCGGCGGCAGUCACAGCGGGCGAUGUUCCCGUUCGCGUCGGACUGAUCCUCGCCGCUGUGAUGCACGCGGGGGCAACGUGCGCGCCCGCGUAGCGCGACGCUCGUGUCGCUUGCAGGAAUAGCGGGAAGGAGCAGCAGCAGCAGGAAUAUCGGGAGGACUAGCAGCAGCAGGCAUAGCGGGAAGGAGCAGCAGCAGGAAUAGCAACAGCAGCAACAGCAGCAGGAAUAGCGGGAGGAGUAGCAGCAGCAACAGCAAUAGCGGGAAGGAUCAGUAACAGCAGGAAUAGCGGGAUAGAGCAGCAGAAGCAACAGGAAUAGCAGCAGCAAUAGCGGGAAGGAGCAGUAGCAACAGGAAUAGCGGGAUAGAGCAGCAGAAGCAACAGGAAUAGCAGCAGCAGCAACAGCAGCAGCAGCAAACGAGGAAGGACGAGGAGGAGGAGACGCCGAGAACGACCAUGCUGGUGUUCGAGAACACGGACGCGUCGUCCGCGGCGGGCGCCGGGCUGUUCGCCCUUCUGUGCGCGCUCGGCGUGGCGGGCAACACGGCCGUGGUGGCCGCCACGCUGUGCGGCACGGAGCGCAAGACCGUCACCGCCGUGCUCGUGUUCAACGUGGCCCUCAUGGACGCCCUGGUGGCGCUCGCCGACCUGCCCAGGGCCGUGAGCAUGGCCGCGGGCCAGUGGCCGUUCGGCAGCGUGCUGUGCAAGCUGCACGUGUCCGUGCGCUACCUGAACAUGCUCGCGCGCGUCUACGUGCUGGUCAUCAUGAGCCUCGACCGCUACGUGGUGGCGCACCACCGCGCCUGCUCGCGAGCCGUGCGCAGCGGCGCGUUGGCGUGGGCACUGAGCGUCUUCGUGUGGAUUCUCGCGUUCAUCCUCACGACGCCCGUCCUGCUCAUGGCAACGGCACGACCGCAGUCGGGGGGCCGAGCCGGCGUCAGCCCCGCGGGCCGCUCGUCCCCGUGGCCUGCGGCGGCGGCGGCGGCGGCGGGAGAGGCGGCGGGAGAGGCCGGCCUCCCGCACGCCGCCGCCGCGCCGGCUCUCCGGCCGGGGCCCGCGGCUGGCGUCGUCGGGCCGGCCGUGUGCGCCCUUGACUUCCCCAAGCCCGCGUGGUGGUGGGCCGAGGUGUGGCGCUGGGCCACGCUGGGCGUGGGCUGCGCGAUCCCGCUGGCGACGCUGCUCGGCUGCUACGCGGCGUCGGCGCUGCGCACGUGCGCGUCGCUGCGGCCGUGCGCGCUCGCCCACCGCGGCGGGGGCCAGCGACGGCGCCGACGCCGCCCGCGCAUCUGGUGCCGCGCCACACGCUUCGUGCUCUCCGUGCUGGGGGUCUACCUCGCCUGCUGGGCUCCCACAUUCGGGAUGCUCCUCGCGGGGCUCGCGGAGACGUCGCGGCACGGCGGUGCCGCCGGCGCUCCGGGCGGCACCGCCGAGGCGCCGUUCCUCGAGGGGCCGGGGUCCUUCGGCGGCGGCGGCGGUUCCGGGCCGUCCUCGUCGUGGCGCUGCGUCGCCCUCCUCGCGGCCGCGGCCAACGGCUGCAUCAACCCGCUGCUCUACGCCUGCUACGACCGGCGAUUCCGCCAGGAGAUUGGGCGCGCGUUGGCCGCGUGCCGCUGGCGGGGGGCCGCGUCCCGCAAGCGUCUCGCCGCGGAGCCGGGCGAGGAGAACCCGGCGCGCGGCGGGGACGAGGCCGCGGCCUGCAGCAACCGCCGCUGA